CUCGCUUCCGUGGGUUAGGACGUGUGUCCCAGGGCUGUUGGACGCCUGUACAGUUGGCUGUGAUGCUGGGGGCUGCUCCGCUUGACUCCCUUCUGGUUCUGGCCGUUGCAGUGGGCCCAGCACCUGGACUUGAUGGCGUGCUGCCCUCUGUGCGGGGCCCCUCCUCAGAACCCCUGCCCUGGGUUGCGCUGGACCUCUGUAGCUUCAGCUCUGACUCCUCCCUUGGCAGGGCACACCGAGGCUUAGAAGGGUCAGGGGACUCGGUCAAGGUCACUCCCAGGGUGGCCAGGCUAGAAUUGGGGGCACCCCUGCAGGGGAGCGCGGCUGUGUUUCGGCGGAGGUCGCUGUCUGGGGGGCUCCGGCCAGCGGGGGUUGGUGGGCUGUGGUGUCUUUUGGGAGCUGGCGCGCCUCCCACGUGCUCAGCGAAGGUCAACCCAGGCUUUCCAUGUGUUGUGCGGCCCCAUAGUUUGUGAGAGGUGAUCUCACCGGCCGGUGGAGGGAAGCCCAGCCUGCGGAGUGAGAUCCCUGCCCCGACCACUGUCUUUGGGGUGUCCAGUCUGUCACAGCAGAAGGGCUGGAAGUGGGGUGGCUGGCUCCCUGGCUGCAGAAAGGCGUGAACACAGGCUGUCGAGGAGAGGGCCGCCUGCCGGACCGUGUGAGGGGUCCUGGCCUUGGCCCCCUGUCCUCCUGGGCGCGGCAUGUGGUGCCUGCCGUGGGCAGCCUGGGCCGGGGAAGCCACCGGAGCCUGACUUUCUGGUGUACAUACCACACAGUUGCCCUAAAGUACCCAGAGCAAGGACAGGGGAGUCAUCCAGAGCAGGUUUCCAUUCAGCAGCCGGAAGAGGGUGAGUGUUUCCCAGACCCCAGCACCUGGUCACUUGUGCCAAACCCCUUCCUGGAGGAAGGCAGCGAUCCCAUCCCGGCAGUUGGGGUGCAUACCCCGGCAGCCAGCGCUGACUGCAGACCUCUUCUCGGGUCUCCAGGGAUGGAAGCGUGUGACAGAGCCAGGAGGUCCCCUGGGGGCAGGGUGGGGUCUGUGGGAGGGCCCCCAGUUUCCAGCUUCAGCUGAGUGAUGACUCUGGCACCCUUCAUAGCAGGGAAGGGCUGGAGAGAGGCUGCCACGCAGGGUCAGCUGACCCUUCAUCUGCUGAGGCCCAGAAAGGCCUGAGGUCAUCUGGUGCCAAGCAAGUCUGUCUGGGCCACCCCACGACGGCAGCAGGGUGGGCAGAGCCCGGCGCCCUGUGCAGGUGUGUUGGCUGUGAUACCGGCGAUGGCGCCAAGUCUGCCUAGAGCCCCCGAGUCCCUGCCACCGCGAGUCAGCGAGGUCUCCCUGGGCCUUCCGGAACUUGCAUCUGCAGACAGGGAGCAGGAGGAAAGGAAAUAUAUAAAGCACCCAGCACAGCGCUGGCAUGGGGUCUCCGGUCACAAAGAGCUCUCUCCUGUGCCAGCUGUGCUCCUGGCAUCUUCUCAGGGGAAGCUCUUCGUGGGCGGUCUUGACUGGAGCACCACCCAAGAGACACUGCGCAGCUACUUUUCCCAGUAUGGAGAGGUUGUGGACUGCGUGAUCAUGAAAGACAAGACAACCAACCAGUCUCGAGGCUUUGGGUUCGUCAAAUUCAAAGACCCAAACUGCGUGGGCACAGUGCUGGCCAGCAGACCACACACCCUCGAUGGCCGAAACAUCGACCCAAAGCCCUGUACGCCUCGGGGGAUGCAGCCGGAGAGGACGCGGCCGAAGGAAGGCUGGCAGAAAGGACCCAGGAGUGAUAACAGUAAAUCAAAUAAGAUAUUUGUCGGUGGAAUUCCUCACAAUUGUGGUGAGACAGAGCUCAGGGAAUACUUCAAGAAAUUUGGAGUGGUCACGGAAGUGGUCAUGAUCUACGACGCGGAAAAGCAGAGGCCUCGAGGUUUUGGAUUUAUUACUUUCGAGGACGAACAAUCAGUGGACCAGGCUGUCAACAUGCAUUUUCACGACAUCAUGGGCAAAAAAGUGGAAGUUAAACGGGCCGAGCCACGGGACAGCAAAAGCCAAGCGCCAGGCCAGCCGGGGGCCAGCCAGUGGGGCAGCCGGGUCGUGCCCAGUGCCGCCAACGGCUGGGCAGGUCAGCCCCCGCCCACGUGGCAGCAGGGGUAUGGCCCGCAAGGGAUGUGGGUGCCAGCAGGACAGGCGAUCGGUGGCUACGGACCGCCCCCCGCAGGAAGAGGAGCCCCCCCGCCGCCUCCGCCCUUCACCUCUUACAUCGUGUCUACCCCUCCUGGAGGGUUCCCCCCUCCCCAGGGCUUCCCCCAGGGCUACGGCGCGCCCCCGCAGUUCAGUUUUGGCUACGGGCCUCCACCUCCCCCACCGGAUCAGUUCGCCCCCCCAGGGGUUCCCCCACCACCGGCCACUCCGGGGGCUGCACCUCUGGCCUUCCCGCCGCCUCCGUCUCAGGCCGCUCCGGACAUGAGCAAACCGCCGUCGGCACAGCCCGACUUCCCGUACAGUCAGUACGGUUACGGACAGGACUUGGCGGGCUUCGGACAGGGCUUCUCAGACCCCAGCCAGCAGCCCCCCUCCUACGGGGGCCCCUCGGUGCCCGGCUCGGGGGGUCCCCCCGCCAGCGGAAGUGGCUUUGGACGCGGUCAGAACCACAACGUACAAGGAUUCCACCCCUACCGACGCUAGCCGCAGCACCUUGAGGAUGUCGGGCGGCUGAGGCCAGGAUUCAAACUUGUGAACUCGUGACAAUCACAAACUUGGGGAAAAUACCAACUGGAGCGUGGGGGGCUUCUGGCGGUGGCUGUGGGCAUCUGGACCGAAGUUUUUAAACGUAUUAUUUCUCUAACCCAUCAGCUCAAUAAAAAAGUCACUGGUUCAACAACAGGGUUAAAAAAAUUCUUCAGCUUUAAUUCAAAACUUCAGGUUUCUUUUUCUUCCUUUUUUUUGCAAUUAUUUUCCUGAGCCUUUAUUUUACCGUAUAUUGUAAACUUUUAUGUUAAAGAAAAAAAUAUACAUUUACAAAUUGUGAGAUUUUUAAGAGAAAUUUUCUACAAUGUAUACUCGCUUAUUUUUUAAUUUAAAACAGGGUUUCUGUCGGCACUGGUGGAGGUGAGGGGCGUUUUUAGUCCCUCACUCCUGGCUUUGAGGGUUGGGACUCGUUGGUCCAGAAACUCUGGGAGCUUAAAGAAGAAAUCUACUGAGUGUGUUUUCUUUUUUGUUUAUUCUUUGCUUUUGUCGACUGGCGUGCCUGGCCAUGUCUGCAGGUGCGCCGUGGGGCCGCGCUCGCCUGCGUCCGCUCUGGCGUCAAGGACCAGGAGGAGGCCGGGCCAGCCCAUCUCCCGCGCUUGGGGCUUUAGGGCGUCCCCGCUGACCGGUUUGAAUAAAGAAAGUGCGUUUGGAUUAGAAA